GGGCAGUCGGCGGGAGGGAUGCGGCGGCGGGGCGAGCGGGGCGAUGGCGGCGGCGAUGGGGACGGCGAUGGGGACGGUGAGAACGGCCGGGCGGAGGGCAGGACCGGCGCGACCCGGCAGGAGCGGGGCUGGCUGGCCUGGUGCCCCCGGCUGCGCACCCUCCUCCUGGACCUGCUCCUCAUCUACGUCUCCGUGCCCUUCCUCAUCCGCCUCUUCCCAGUCAUGGCUACCAAAUUCGUCUUCCUGAACUUACUGGCAUUCCCCUUCUUUGCGGACCUUCGGCGACCGGAGCUGCUGCUGAACAAUACCAUCAGCCUGUACCUCACCACCGAGCCGGGCGUCACAGUCGGCAUUUGGCACACGGUGCCAGGCAGCAGAGGGGCCGAGGCGCUGGGUAAGGACCAGCGCUGGUACGAGGAGGCACUUGCCGACGCUCACCCCGUGAUCAUCUACCUGCACGGCAAUGGGGGGACCAGGGCUGCGAGCCACCGCGUCCAGUUCUUGAAGACGAUGGGGGCUGCUGACUUCCACAUCCUGGCUCUCGACUACAGAGGCUAUGGGGACUCCAGUGGGCACCCCACGGAGAGCGGCUUCACCACGGACGUCCUGGCACUCUACGACUGGGCCAAAGCACGGAGCGGGAACAGCAGCAUCCUCUUCUGGGGACACUCCUUGGGGACGGGGAUUGCCACGAAUGCGGCAAGGAAACUUCAGGAAGAGAGAGGCGUCCAGGUUGAUGCCGUAGUCCUGGAGUCAUCCUAUACCAACAUCCGUGAGGCGGCCACCCACGUCCCCAUCUCCACGCUCUACCGCCGGUUCCCGGGUUUCGAGUACCUCAUCCUGGACUCGCUAGCCCAGGCCGACAUGUUCUUCCGCAGCGACGAGAACGUGAAGGUGCUGGCCUGCCCGCUCCUCAUCCUGCACGCAGAAGAUGAUACCGUGCUGCCUCCGCACCUGGGCCGCAAGCUCUUCGAGAUGGCACGCAGCGCCUACAAGGACAAAACCAAGGUGAAGUUCAUUACCUUUCCCGAAAAGCUGGGCCUGGGCCAUGACUACAUCUCCUUCAACCCGGAGCUGCCCGCCCUGGUGAAAGACUUCUUGAACAUUAAGUGAUGCCAGCCGCUGCGUGCAGCAACCACAAGCACUCCCUCAAACCCACACCAGGAACCCCUCGUUGCACUGAACUUACUGCUGUACGUAAUAAAAACUACUGAGAAACUUUAAAA